GUUGUGUGGUCGCUCGGCGGAAGUGAGGUGCGGUGCUGGGUGUCAGUAGCCGGGAGAAUGGCUGUGAGUGGUCGGAGGAAGCUUCUGCAGCUGGUGACCCGGUUUGGGGUGCUGCUGCUCACCCGGUGCCCCUUCUGGUUUUGCUUCAGUCAACUUAUGUUAUAUGCAGAGAGGGCAGAAGCCAAGAGGAAACCAGACAUCCCGGUGCCUUUGCUGUACUUUGACCUGGGCGUGGCUGUGCUUUGCGCCAGUUUCAUGUCCUUUGGGGUAAAGCGGCGUUGGUUUGCACUGGGUUCUGCCCUGCAGCUGGCUGUUAGCACCUACAUAGCUCACAUUGGGGGACAUGUCCACUACGGUGACUGGCUGAAGGUUCGCAUGUAUUCUCGGACUAUCGCCGUUAUUGGAGGAUUCCUAAUCCUGGCCAGCGGUGCUGGUGAGAUUUACAGGCAGAAGCCUCGAAGCCGCUCUCUGCAGUCCACUGGUCAGGUCUUUCUGGGCAUCUACCUCAUCUGUCUGGCCUACACCCUACAGCACAGUAAGGAGGACCGUGAGUCACAUUUGGACUUCCUUCCAGGAGGAGAACCAGCCCUGCAGAUCCUGUUUGUCCUGUACGGCAUGUUGGCUUUAUCUUUUCUAUCCGGCUACUAUGUUCGGUUCACAGCCCAAGUCCUUGCUGUCCUCCUUCCCUUUUCCCUACUCCUUGUAGAUGGAAACCUAGGCUACUGGCACAAUAACCGUCGGGUGGAGUUCUGGAAUCAGAUGCGAAUGAUCGGACAGAACGUUGGCAUUUUUGGGGCAGCAGUGAUACUAGCCACCGAUGGCUGAUCAGGACUACGCUGUACUUAUGGGCUUUGAGUCUUUGGUCCUUCCAACCAACAGUAAUUCCCAGACCUAUAUGUUUACCCUCCUGAUAUAGUUUACAGCUACCACCACUGUGCCCAGCAUGGCUUCUUGGACACCAUGGCAUACCCAUGCAUCACUUACAGGAAGUCUCUGUGGACAUGGAUAUAAGGACAAUCCAGUGGCAACUUGCAUAGCUUUACAAUGCUAGAGUUUCCAUCAUCGAGACCGAUCUUUCAUUGAAGCCUGUAUAUAUGACUGGAUCACUGACGCUUAUAAUCUUACCAUACUUAGGACAUGACCAUUCUGAAAGGUAAACUCUCUCUUCUCUGACCAUAGAAACACAAGAAAAUGCCACUAAAGGAGAAAAUGUGAUGGCUGGACCCUGGGUUCAUGUCGCUCUUCUUAGCUGGGGCUGAUCAUGCAUGCAGCAUAUUGAAGGGAUCAAGCAAGCAUGUGACCUCAUGGGAAUAGGACAGACAUUGACCUACAGGGUAGCUAUCUAUAGGUGACACUAGUUAUUAGCGUGCCUAACAAUAGUUUAUUGGACACAUGUUGUGGCAUCCUUCCAUUGUAAGACUCUCAGCUCCAGUUGGAUCUCUGCAAGAAAAUCAACCCCAAACCCCCCCCAAGAUCUGGGAAUAGACAAAGUCUAAGAUUAUUGGCGUAAGUAUCUGAUUACCCUCCCAUCUUCCCUUUCACACUACAGAAUUUCUGGAAUUUUUCACAGAAAAUUCUGCUGCAUAAAUUCUAAUUUCGGACUCCACUGAAAGAACGAAUGUUUAUUCUUUUAGUGGAAUCUGCUCUGAUAUGCAUUGCCGUCAAUGAUGGAGUAUGUCCAAGCACUCCUAGCACCAACACUCGGCACCUGCUAUGAUCUGAAUGUUCGCUCCGAAUUAACCUGGCCUUCCGUCACCCUAUGCAUUGACACAAUAUCUUCGGGUACAGUGCACCAAAAAAAUAAAAUAUUCUCUGGCCAGACUUUCCGUAGUGUGAAUGCGCUCUUAUUGUGGGAAAACCACAGCUUAUUUAUCUACGUUUUUAAAAUUCAUGUACACCAAAAGCAGAAUAUGUUUGUAAAUACAUUAUAUCACUUUGUACUGUUUGUUACAAUGUAAUAGUAUUAUACUCUAGUGAUUGUACUCGCUAUUUUCCUUGAGGAGUUACAGUGUACAUAUGAUAUAUAUUACUUAUCCUGUACUGAUCCUGAGUUACAUCCUAGCGGAUACUCUAGAGCCGUACUCACUAUUCUGCUGGUGGGGUCACUGUGUACAUACAUUACAUUACUUAUCCUGUACUGAUCCUGAGUUAUAUCCUGUAUUAUACUCCAGAGCUGUACUCACUAUUCUGCUGGUGAGGUCACUGUGUACAUACAUUACAUUACUUAUCCUGUACUGAUCCUGAGUUAUAUGCUGUAUUAUAUUCCAGAGCUGUACUAACUAUUCUGCUGGUGAGAUCACUGUGUAUAUACAUUACAUUACUUAUCCUGUACUGAUCCUGAGUUAUAGCCUGUAUUCUACUCCAGAGCUGCACUCACUAUUCUGCUGGUGGAAUUACUGUAUACACACAAAGAUAUCCAAGGCCACAGCACCAGU